ACAACUAAGUUUGGAAAAGACAUCGAGAGUUUCCCUCACCAGACCACCGGAAACUGUUGUGGCAUCUUUAUAUUAAUGUAUGCCCUCAGCAUCAGCACAGGUGCUCCAUUCUUGUUUACUGAGAGGGACAUGGUACACAUUUGGAAGUGGUGGUGCAUUAGUCUGAUGGAACGAUUCCAGAUUGAAGGCCAUGGGCAGAGGUUUGCACACUGGACUAGCGAGGCUACAGCAUUACUGAAAGGGUCACUGGAGCCAAUAUACAGGAUCCCAAAGUCCAGAAAGAGGAAACAUGAGGUUGUGUUUCCCAAAGAUGACAGAUGUUUCAUAUUGGAGUUGUCAGCAUGUCUGUUCUCUGAGAUCCUCGGGGAAGUGGUACUCCUGGAAGGAGAUCAAGCUUACAUGACACUGGGGCUGGUCUGCACCACCUUCAGAGACAUCAUGUCCACUGUAGGUUUCAGGAGACGGGUGCAUUUUCAGUGGCUUGACAGUGUUGCUAAUUGGGGCAGGUUUUCGUUGUCAUACAAGGAGGAGUUCUACACCAUGUACAGCAUUGAGACAUGCUGUGAAUGCAGAACUGUGUACAAAAAAAACACACCUGGAUAUAUUGGGAAAGGAAAAAGGGGAGUGCUGCAAGGUAUUCACUCUGAAGACCCUAACCCUGGAUACUGCAGUCACUUUUGCAGCCAAAUGCAAUAGGAUGUCAUCCAUGGAUCUGCCUGUCCAGGGGAGCAAACACCAGGACACUGUGGU